GCAAGUACGUCACGAAUUUUAACUUUUCGAAAUUACCGUGUAAUUAUUAUUAUUGUUGUCACGAUAUUCAUAAUUUCGCAAAUUGUAUAUUUCCAACUUCUUUUUUAUCCUUCUCUCGAGCAUCAGUUUUGGAGUGGCUACAAUGUUGAGUUGCUAAGAAGAUGAUGGUGCAUUAUCCAAAGUUAAAGGACUCGUCCUACGGACUAUGAGAUUGGAGUGAUUGCUACUAGCGUUUGAAUGAAAGAAGGGCGGCCGAUGUGGAAUGAACAAGCUCAAACAUUUGUCGGGCAAAGGCUUGACGCCCUCAAAGCCGCCGCCGCCGCCGCCCGUCGCCGCAUCUCCGACGCGUUCGCGCAACGCCGCCAUCAAUCGCCUAUCAUCACAAGGGGCUCAUCGCGACGUCCUUGUCGCUUUCUCCUCCAUGCGCAUCGACAGAGUCCCUCCCGAUCCUCACACGUUCCCGAGCGUCCUCAAAGCGUGCGCUCAUCUGGGCCUCUACCCACUCGGUCUCUCGUUUCACCAGUGCCUAAUCGUUCAUGGGUUUGCUUCGGAUGCUUAUAUUGCCUCUUCUUUGAUCACGUUCUAUGCGAAGUUUGGCCAAGUGCGUAGUGCUGGCAAGGUGUUCGACUUAAUGCUUGUGAGGAGCGUCGUUCCUUGGACUGCCAUAAUCGGAUGUUACAGUAAGGCAGGUGAUUUGGAUGCGUCGUUUAAUCUGUUGAAUGAUAUGCGUCACGAAGGAGUGGAGCCCAGCUCGGUGACAUUGUUGGAGGUGCUUGCCGGAGAUUUGGAGCUUACAAGAGUGCAAUCUUUGCAUUGUUGUGCACUGUUAUAUGGUUUUGGGUCGGAUGUAGUCUUAUCGAAUUCUUUCUUGAAUACUUAUGGUAAAUGCGGAAGCAUUGAUGAUGCAAAGGCUUUGUUAGAACUUAUGGAUCAAAGGGACAUUGUCUCGUGGAAUACUUUGGUCGCAGCAUAUGCUCGAAUUGGUAAUUUUGGGGAAGUAAUGCAGCUCUUGACUAGAAUGAAAGAUGAAGGUGUGGAACCAGGCCAGCAGACUUUGGCUUCUUUAUUGUCUGCAAUUGCAGCACGUGGUGAUCUUUACUUGGGAAAGUUGGUGCAUGGGCAGAUUUUAAGAGCCGGACUCGAAGUGGAUGCUCACAUUGCAUCAAUUCUUGUAAUUAUGUACUUAAAAUGUGGUAACUCAGAUGGCGCAUUUCGAACAUUUGAGCUGGCCCCUGAUAAGGAUGUUGUUCUAUGGACUGCGUUGAUUUCAGGGCUUGUACAGAAUAAUAACGCUGAUAAGGCACUAUUGGUCUUCAAAUCCAUGUUAGAAUCCGGUGAAACUCCCUCUACUGACACGAUAGCUUGCACCCUCGCAGCUUGUGCACAUAUGGGUUCCUAUAGUUUUGGAACCUCCAUUCAUGGUUACGUGUUGAGGCAAAGAAUUCCUGUAGAGCUUGCUGCACAGAACUCACUAGUUACGAUGUAUGCAAAAUGUAAUCAUGUAGUGCAAAGUCGUGCUGUUUUUGAUAAUAUGGAGAAGAAGAAUUUGGUUUCUUGGAAUGCGAUUAUAGUUGGUUAUGCUCAGAAAGGCCAGCUAUCUGAGGUAUUCACUAUGUUCCAUGCUAUGAGGGAGGCCCUUCAAUUACCUGAUCCAAUUACUAUUGUAUCUCUUCUCCAAGCUUGUGCUUUAGUGGGGGCACUCCACCAGGGAAAAUGGGUCCACAGUUUCGUCCUAAGGAGUUGCUUUGGACAAUGUAUCGAGGUUGAAACUGCUUUAGUGGACAUGUACGCUAAAUGUGGGGACCUGGAUAAUGCUCAGAAAUGUUUUGAUAGAAUGUCACAACAUGAUCUUGUUUCCUGGGGAACAAUCAUUGGAGGAUAUGGAUCUCAUGGGAAGGGUGAAACUGCACUGAAAAUGUAUUCAGAGUUUCUUCAUAGAGGUUUUCAGCCAAAUGAUGUGAUUUUCCUCUCCAUACUCUCUGCUUGUAGUCAUACUGGGCUUGUCAACCAAGGGCUCAGCUUAUUUAAAUCAAUGACCGAAGAUUAUGGUAUUGUACCUAGACUUGAGCAUCGCACUUGCAUAGUUGAUCUUCUAUCUCGAGCUGGCAGGGUGUAUGAGGCAUAUUGCUUCUACAAGAGUACAUUUCCUCGACCUUCAUUUCAUGCACUGGGCAUACUCAUUGAUGCUUGUCGAGUUAGUGGCGAUGUAGAACUUAGUGAAAUUAUUGCUGGAGAGAUGUCCAUACUGGAACCUAUUGAUGCUGGAUGUUACGUGCAACUGGCGCAUAGCUAUGCAUCAUUGAAUAGAUGGGAUAAUGUGGGUGAGUCAUGGGCCCAAAUGAGGUCUCUUGGCUUGAAAAAGCUCCCUGGAUGGAGCUACAUUGAGCUGUUCGGGAAGGUCACAACAUUUUUCAAAGAUCAUGUUUCACAUCCUCAGUUUGAGGAGCUUGUGUGGUUGUUAAAAACCUUGAGCUGGGAAAUGAAAAGGGACUGCAGUUUAAAAGUUGCAAGUGAUUCUCAGCACAUCUUUGAGAGUGCUAGGUAGACUUUAUGGGUGGUAUUAAAGAAUAUUUAGAAAUUUCUCAGAACAUAAGAAGCCUGAAGAUGUCCCCCCACAUCCCUAAUUCAGCUUAGAUUCUAUUUGGCAUCACUAUGCCUAAGAAAGCUUGUAUAUCAACUGUUGCAUUCUUUUCCAAGAUGCAUCUCAAGCUUUUUGGAGCUGGUGACACCUAGUAACUAUUCAAACUGUGUAGCUUUAUGUCACCAGACAACACCUAAUUGGAGAACCAGUCACGAGCCAUGGAAUUUUGUGGGCAUAAGGUAUUGUGGACUAUUAGGGAAAGAACUGUAGGAAAGUGUAAUACUUUUCCUUCAGUGCAGAUUAGGAGAAUUUGCCCCUGGUAAACUUUACUGAUUGGAUCCAGUGGAGUGGAAUGUCACCUUAUAGUAAAGAUCAUUUAAUCAUUCCCCAAUCACGGGAAUGGAAUCAGCCUACUUGGCAUGUGUAGUUCAUUCGAAGCGUCAAGAUGUAUCCUUAUGGAACAGAUGCUGCGGCAAGUGAACAAAUAUGGGCCCUGCUGCUGAGCUUGCAAAUGCUUCUAGUCUGAUUGAGAAAUUACUGCAGGGGUUUGUCAAAAUGGUGGGUCAGCAUGGCAAUCGGCUCUUGUGGGGACAAAACCAGCGAGUAUUGAGUCUUAACAUCUAGGUCGGUUCUCAAGGACCCGAGACAGUUAGUUCUGGAUGAAAGCAUGGAUGCUCUAGAUUGAACUGAGACGACUGUGUUCUAAGCUCUGGACUAAGUUACGUAAAACCUAACAACACAUAUUGUAGUUUAUCUCCUAAGUGCAGUGAGGGAGCAGUGAGGGAUGAGAUGAUACUGCAGUGAUUCCUAGUUGAUAAAGGUAGAUGUUAUUGCCCUUUGUCUUACCAAUCGAUGUCAACCGAAAAGCUGAAUGCUCUACAUUAACGAGAAAGUGCUUUAUGAACAGGCAGAAGCAAAAACUUUUAGAUUUUUGAUGCUA